AUGGGAGGAAAACCAUCAAAACAAGAAGAACAAAAGAAAGAAUAUACAGGACAACCAGAAGGAACCCCUUAUUAUGACAUUCAAGGAUGUGAAUUAGCUAAAAUGGUUAGUACUAAUAAUAAAGAAAUUUAUGACAAAUAUGGAGGAGUUAUAGGAAUUAGUAAAAUUCUUGAAGUUGACCUAGACAAAGGAAUUUGUGAUGAAUCAUACAGUAAAAGACAAGAACAAUUUGGGAAGAAUAGAACACCAGACGCAGUUAUUGUCCCAUUUUGGAAAAUUUGGUUUGAAGCACUUCAAGAUAAAACACUUAUUAUUCUUAUUAUUGCAGCUAUUGUGUCAUUAAUAUUAGCAUUUGCUGUACCUAACUCAGUUGAUAAAUGUUUAGCUAAAGAAAAUGAAGAAGAUAAAGAACUUAAUACGGAUUGGAUAGAAGGAGUAGCUAUUUUAAUUGCAGUUCUUGCGGUUUCUCUUGGAGGGUCAGCAUCUGAUUAUUCUAAACAAAAGAAGUUUUUAGCUCUUUCACAAGAAGAGAAGGAUGUUGGAAUUAAAGUUAUUAGAAAUGGAGAAAAUCAAAAAACAUCUAUAUUUAAUUUAAGUGUUGGGGAUAUAGUUAAUUUAGAUGUUGGAGAUAUUAUUCCAGCUGAUGGGAUUUAUAUUCAUGGGAAUGAUCUUAGAGUUGACCAAGCAAGUAUGACAGGAGAAUCAGUUGCAGUUAGAAAAACGUCAGAAAACUUUAGUAUGAUGUCAGGAACAAAAGUUAUGGAUGGGAAUGGAAAAAUGCUUGUUGUUGCAGUUGGACCAAAUUCAUUGUGGGGAAAAACAAUGGAAGCAGUUAAUCAAAACAAAAGUGCACCAACACCAUUACAAGAAAAUUUAGAUGAACUUGCAGUUAAAAUAGGAUAUUUAGGAAUGGGAUGUGGAGCAUUAGUAUUUAUUGUUUUAACCAUUUAUUAUAUAGUGUCACAAUUUACACAUAAAGAUGUAUUAAAAGCAGAUGAAGAGAAAGGAAUUAUUGCAGGAUGUCUUGAGUGUAAUGUUACUAGAGAAGAUGUAAUGUGGAAUGAAUAUUGUGAAAAAUAUUCAUUUGACUGGAGUUCAUUAACAGGACUUAUUGACUAUUUCAUUAUUGGAGUUACAAUUAUUGUGGUUGCCGUUCCAGAAGGACUUCCACUUGCAGUUACUAUUUCAUUAGCAUAUUCAAUGAAACAAAUGUUUAAAGAUAAUAAUUUAGUAAGACAUUUAAAGGCAUGUGAAACAAUGUCAAAUUGUACUAAUAUUUGUUCAGAUAAAACAGGUACAUUAACAGAAAAUCGAAUGACAGUUGUAAAUGGAUGGUUUGGAGGAAUUAAAAUGGAAACAAGAGAUCAAAAAGUUUCAAUUGCUAAAGAAUAUGAAGAACUUAUUAAUAUGAAUAUUUCAAUAAAUAGUUCACCAUCCACAACAUUAAUUUCAGAAAAUGGAGAAAUUAAUGUUAUUGGAAAUAAAACUGAAGGAGCAUUAUUAAUGUAUGUAAAAGAAAGAGGAGUGGAUUAUUUAGAAAUUAGAAAAAGAAAUGAAAAUAAUAUUUAUCAAAUGUUUGCAUUUUCAAGUGCUAAAAAGCGAAUGAACACACUUGUUUGGAUAGACAAACCAAACACUAUUAGAAUGUUUACAAAAGGAGCACCUGAAAUGAUUUUAGAAAAAUGUCAAUAUUAUAUGAAUGGACAAGGAGAAAUUAAAGAAAUAACAGAGGAAGUUAGACAAGAACUUGAAGAAUGUCAAGUAGAAUGGGCAUCUAAAGGAUAUAGAACAUUAUCAUUAUCAUAUAAAGAUAUGACACCAGCUAAUCGAAAUAAUUUAGAGGAAAAGUAUGAAGUUGCUAAUGAAGAAGGAUCUAUAUUAUUAAGUUUAUUUGGAAUUGAAGAUCCAGUCCGAAGAGAAGUUCCAGGAGCUGUUGCUACAUGUCAAAGAGCAGGAAUUAUUGUUAGAAUGGUAACAGGAGAUAAUAUAGCAACAGCAAGAUCAAUUGCAAAACAAUGUAAUAUUAUUUCAAGAGAAAAUGAUAUUGCAAUAGAAGGACCUAAAUUUGCAGAAUUAACUGAUGAAGAAAUUAUUGAGAAAUUAGAAAAUCUUAGAGUUAUUGCAAGAUGUUCACCACAAGAUAAAGAAAGACUUGUUAAAUUACUUAUUAGUCAAGGAGAAGUUGUUGCAGUUACAGGAGAUGGAACGAAUGAUGUCCCAGCACUUAAAGCAGCUGAUGUAGGACUUGCUAUGGGAAUUAGAGGAACUGAUGUAGCUAAACAAGCAUCAGACAUUGUUAUUUUAGAUGAUAAUUUCCAAUCAAUUGUUAAUUCAGUAAAAUGGGGAAGAUGUGUUUAUGAUAAUAUUAGAAAAUUCCUUCAAUUCCAAUUAACUGUUAAUAUUUCAGCACUUGCACUUUGUGUUAUUGGGUCUAUAUUUAUUGGAGAAUCACCAUUAAAUGCACUUCAAAUGUUAUGGGUUAAUUUAAUUAUGGAUACUAUGGCAGCUUUAGCACUUGGAACUGAAAAACCAACCGAUUCAUUAUUAGAUAGAAAACCAUUUGGUAGAUUUGAUUCACUUAUUUCAAAUAUUAUGAUAAGAAAUAUUAUUGUUCAAACUGUAUAUCAACUAGGAAUUAUGUUACCAAUUGUUUUUGCAGGAAAAUAUAUUCCAUUCCUUAAUUCACCAUGUGGAUUUGUUAAAACUGUUGGACAUUCUGGAGGAGAAGAUUUUAGUAAAUAUUGUGCAGGGGAUAAUAUUGGGUUUAAGAGUAUUAAUGAUGUUAAAAAUGAUACUAUUGAACUUCAAACAUUAGUAUUUAAUAUUUUUGUUUUCUGUCAAGUCUUUAAUGAAUUUAAUUCAAGAAAAGUAAAUGGUGAACAUAAUGUCUUUUCUAAUCUAUUUACAAACUUUAUUUUCUUAACAAUUAUUGGUGUUACUAUUAUUAUUCAAACAAUUAUUGUUCAAUUCCUUGGUAUUUUAUUUGAUGGUGUUCCAUUUAUUCCAUCACAAGGUCAGUAUGGUCUUUCAUGGCAAGGUUGGGUAUUAUCUCUUCUUCUUUCUUGUAUGACUUUAGUUAUUGGUCAAAUUUCGUUCUUUAUUCCUGUACCUACAUCUAAACCAAAGAAAUUUAAGAAUCAACCAUCACUCCUUACAAAAAUCCUUUGUUGUGGAUUUUGUAAUAAGAAAGAUGUUAAAAGUUCAUCAUCUGAAAGUUCUGAUGAUGAUGAUAACUUAGAAAAGAAAUCUCUUCUUAGUAAUUAA